AUGUCUCGAGAACGAAUUAUCGGUGAUGAUUUUUCUUCUCAUCAUCAUCCGCCUCCUUCUCAGCAACAACAACAAUCACUCGAGUUGUUGAACAAGAACGGAGGAGGAAGAGGUUUGUUAGUACUCUCCUCUUCAAGUCCUUCUCUCUCGUCGUCUUUUGUUGGAGAAGAGGACAAGAAGGUUUUAAUGAGUUCUUCUAGUAGUAGUAGUAGUAAUAGUGCACAAACAAGAAAACAUCAUCAUCAUAAACACUCACAUCAUCAUGGAGAGUCAGGAGUGGAUAACCAUCAUUCGCAUCAUCAUAGCGAUGAUGAGGAAGAGGAUAUUAUAGACCAAACUCAUCAGCUGAUAAAUACCGGAAACAACGACAACAACAACACAACCGCACGACCAAGUCUUGAACAAGAAGAACAAGAAAGUUCAUCCUCUAGCAUUGAAGUGCCCAUUCUAAAACUCGACGAUGAAACACUUCGUAAAAUCUAUUUAUCAAAAUCCAGACCUUUGUGGAAAGAGCCUGAUUUUGUAAAAUUAGUGAUCAUGAUUACAAUGGUCUUUUUAAUGUUUUUGGGAGAAAUUCAAGUUGGUAUUAUUGCGGAAUCUUUGACCUUAUUGGCUGAUGCCUUUCACAUGUUGAGCGAUGGCAUUUCUCUGGUUGUGGGAGCAGCAUGUAUUUGGUUGGCAAAGAAGAGUGCAACCAAGAAAAUGACUUAUGGAUUUGGACGUGCGGAAACUUUGGGAGGACUUAUUAAUGCAGUCUUCUUAGUGAGUGUUGUCUUGUAUGUCAUUAUGGAGAGUAUUCAACGAUUUUUCAUUCCAGAAAGAAUUGAAAAUCCUUUAUUGGUAUUGUGUGUGGGUGGAGCUGGUUUAUUGGUGAAUUUGAUUGGACUUGUCAUGUUCUGCGGUCACCAUCCUCACCCUGGUCAUGACCACGACCAUGACCACGGUCACCAUCACGGCCAUUCCCAUGGCAGCCACGACGAAGAACACCAUUCUCAUGACGAAGAAGAACAUUCACACAAACACGAUCACAGUCACGACCAUGAUCAUUCUCACGACCAUGAAUUACAGGACGUUCAUGCAUCUUCACCUCACCAAGAAAAAUCUAAAUCCUCUAAAAAACACCAUCGUUCUGAAAACAUCUUUGGUGUAUUUUUGCACAUAUUAGGUGACUUCCUAGGCUCCAUUGCAGUGAUGGUUUCUGCUGGACUCUUGAUGAUUUUCGACAAGCCAGACGAACAAGGAAAUCACACCACGAAAUGGGUACUCUAUGUUGACCCUGCUCUUAGCUUAAUUAUGAGUUGUAUUAUUCUAUUCACUGCCAUUCCAUUGCUCAAAUCGACAAGCAGAACCCUCUUGCAAUCCGUUCCAGCGAAUGUAAAUAUUACAGAUCUAAAAGAAAAAAUCAUGAAAAUUGAAGGAGUUAUCUCGUGUCAUGAGUUGCAUAUUUGGCAAUUUGUUGGAAAGAAAUCGAUUGCAAGUGUGCAUGUUUUGACAUCACAAAAUAGCAAAGGUUUCAUGAAAAUUGCUCGUCAAAUUCAAAACAUUUUCCACACGUAUGACAUUCACUCCUCGACCAUUCAACCUGAAUUCACUGGAAAUUCAAUUUCAAGAGAGAGCAGUAAUCAAGAAGAUUUAGCUCAGCCAUGUCACCUUAUUUGCACAAAGUCAUGUUAUGAACAAUUUUGCUGUACCCCUGAUGUGAUGGAUAAGAACUUUGGCGAUGCUUCGAAUAAGGUAUAG